CCAUCUCUCUUUCACUUCAUCACCGUCUCUUUCUCUGAGCAGGCGACAGGGUCAUUAAUGGCGGACGAGGGCACCGCGAAUUGCAUCGAUAUUCUUAUCGCCGUCCUGCUCCCUCCUCUCGGUGUCUUCCUCAAGUUCGGAUGCCAGGUGGAGUUCUGGAUCUGUCUCCUGUUGACGCUCUUCGGCUACAUCCCAGGAAUCGUCUACGCUGUGUAUGCUAUCACCAAAUAAACUAUCAAACCGUCUUCGGUGCUUCAGUAUAUAAAAUUGGUCGUUUAGAUGUCUUCUCGAGUUCAUUGCUGUUCCUUUUCUUGCAAAGCUAAUUUGGUCGUUGAUUGCGUGGUGGGCGUGUAAGUAUGCGCUGUGGUGGAAUCGAAAGACUUGCAGUCAGUAAAUAAGUUAUUUAAGUGUGGAUUUGCAUGUGCAGCAGUAUCUCUGUCUCCUCUCUUCCCUGUUUGAUUAACAAAGCUGUCGUGUUGUUUAAUAAAGAAUGGUUAAUAUGAAGGAUUAAAAGAGGUUCCCAUGCUUUA